CCUUCCUCCACCCACCUGCGCCCAUUCAGAACCAUCUCCCGUCGCGAAGGGAGCAACUGAGCAAAACAGACUAAGUUGCGGCGGAGGACUCGGUCGUUGUCGUUCCGGAUCUGACUGAAUCCAAGUUCAGAGAAUGCUGUGCAAGAUGAUGUUGUCCACUGUUGGAGUGCUGAUUCAGGUCAUAUUGUGCCUUGGUGACCAGGAAAAUAAAUACUUUCCUUCAGCCACUAAUGGUCAGAUGUUCCCUUGGAACAAGAUGAGGCUGCCUGACAAGAUCGUUCCACUCCACUACGAACUUCAGAUACACCCAAAUUUGACGACUUCAAACUUCACAGGAUUAGCUAAGAUACAAAUUCUUGUCAGGAAAGAAACCAGCACCAUCAUCCUCCAUGCCAAGAACAUGGACAUCAGUGGGGCAACUAUUGCAUUAAACAGGGAUGGAGUUACAUAUCCGGAGAGCACUUUGAACAUUUUAGAAUACCCGCCUUUUGAGCAAAUAGCUCUAAAGAAUGCUGAGCCUCUGAGUAGAGGAGAGACAUAUGUUGUUAACAUUUAUUAUGCUGCUAAUCUAUCAGAUGGCUUUAGCGGUUUCUAUAAAAGUAGUUAUGAAACACUGGAAGGGGAGAAAAGACUUCUUGCUACAACCCAGUUCGAAACCACCUCAGCACGAAUGGCAUUCCCUUGUUUCGAUGAACCAGCUUUCAAAGCCAAUUUUUCCAUCAGGAUUAAAAGAGAGCAGCAGCAUAUUGCACUGUCCAACAUGCCCAUUAUUAAGUCUUUGCCAACAGCAGACGGACUUUUUGAAGAUCACUUCGAUGUGAGUGUAAGGAUGAGCACGUACUUAGUGGCGUUCAUUGUUUGUGAUUUUAAAUCUAUCAGUGCAGUGACAUCAACAGGAAUUAAGGUGUCAGUAUAUGCUGCUCCAGAUAAAUUGAGUCAAACACACUAUGCUCUGGAGGUAGCAGUGAAACAACUGGAAUUUUAUGAACAUUACUUCAAUAUCCGCUACCCCCUUCCAAAGAGUGAUCUAGUUGCUCUCCCUUAUUUUGACAUGGAAGCCAUGGAAAACUGGGGAUUGAUCACUUACAGACAGACUGCAUUACUCUACCAUCCAGCAACCUCCUCAGUAUCAGACAAGCUGUGGAUUACCAGGGCGAUAGGCCAUGAAUUGGCACAUCAGUGGUUUGGUAAUUUGGUGACGAUGGAAUGGUGGAAUGACCUCUGGCUGAACGAAGGCUUUGCCAGUUAUAUGGAGUAUGUCUCUGUUGAUGCCACCUACCCUGAUUUGCAAGUUGGGGUACAGCUUUUGGGCAGCUGUUUUUCGGCAAUGGGAAGAGAUGCAAUGAAUUCCACACAUCCCUUAUCUACACCAGCAGACAACCCUAGUCAGAUUAUGGAAAUGUUUGAUGACAUUUCUUAUAACAAGGGAGCAUGCAUUCUGCACAUGAUCAGAAAUUUUUUGACAGAGGAAGUUUUCCAAUCUGGCCUGAUUCAUUACCUUCGAAAAUACAGUUAUGGGAAUGCCAAGAAUGAAGAUCUGUGGAACUGUUUGGCUGAGCUACACUAUGCAGAGGACCAUAUGGAUAUCAAGGAGAUUAUGAACACUUGGACACUCCAGAAGGGAUUACCAGUGAUAAUUGUUGAACAUUCUGGAUCUUCAGUCAGGAUACAACAAGAACGCUUUCUUACGGGAAUUCUCCCAGAAGAUCCCUCAUGGGCCAAGCUACAAUCUGGCUACAUCUGGCACAUACCACUAACUUACAUCACAAGUGAUUCUCAAGCAGUUGGUAGACAUCUUCUGAAAACAAAAUCUGAUCACAUUGAACUGGAAAGUGAAGCACAGUGGAUAAAAUUUAAUGUGGACUUGAAUGGCUAUUACAUUGUACAUUACACAAAUGCCGGCUGGGAUGCAUUGAUUAAUCUGCUCAAUCAGAACCACACACUUCUGAGCCAGAAGGACCGGGUAAAUCUAAUUCAUGAUGCUUUCCAGCUAGUCAGUGCAGGAAAGCUGUCACUUGACCGAGCCUUGAACUUGACUCGUUACCUCAAUCGAGAGACUGAGAAUAUCGCAAUAGUACAGGGUUUGGAUAACCUGGGAAUAUUGUACAAAAAGGUUGAAAAAAGAAAUAUCACUGAUGUUGCUACAAAUCUAAAGAACUAUAUCCUGAAGUUUUUCAAGCAUCUGAUUGAUAAGCAGUCAUGGGAUGAUGCUGGAACCAUCUCAGAUAAAAUGUUACGGACCGACCUCCUGAAAACUGCUUGUGACCUUGAAUACCUUCCUUGUGUUCAGAAGGCUUCAGAUUAUUUUAAUCAGUGGAGGAUGUCCGAUGGGACCAUGAACUUGCCAACCGAUGUCAUGGCCACUGUAUUCUCCGUAGGUGCCCAGAGCAGUGAUGGAUGGGACUAUCUCCUGACAAAAUACAUGCAGUCAUUUUUGGUUGCUGAAGGAAGUAAAAUUAUGUAUGCUUUGGCAAGCAGCAGAAAUCCAGACAAACUGGCAUGGUUAUUGGAACUUGCUUUGCAAGGGGACGUCAUUAAAUUACAGAAUCUGGCCCGUGUUGUCCUGGCAGUGAGCAGGAACCCAUACGGACAACAGCUUGCAUGGAAUUUUGUGAAGGAAAACUGGAACAAAUUGAUUGAGAAAUUUCAGCUUGUUUCACCCGCUGUUCGACAACUUAUAGUUGGAUCAGCAUCUCAGUUUUCAUCAAGGGAAGAAUUGGAAGAAGUGGAGACAUUUUUUGAUUCCAUUAAGGAGCAGAGCUCCCAGCUGAAAUCUGUUCAGAUUGCUCUGGAAACCAUAAAGAACAACAUCAGGUGGCUGGACAGGAAUCUGGGCAGCCUCAGGGGCUGGUUACAACAUGCCAUUGUAAACCCAUAGCUGUUGGAGAAUUUGGCAAAUCGAAAUCCUUGGAACCUGGAUCUUAACACUUGUCGCUUUGUUCUUGCUGUGGUUGUAGUUUUUAAGGGUUCAUAGAUUUAGAAGCUAAGACAAAUAUUUGUAGUACCGCAGGUGAAAAUUAUAUUCAAUAAAUAUAACCUCAAGAUUGCCAUACAAUUAUCAAAUUCUCUUCCCUUUUGAAUACAUGCAGGAACACACACACAUAAACCUUUAUAUAUUAUUGAUCUGUAAUUUUAAACAACACACACACACACACACACACACACACACACACACACACACACACACACACACACACACACACACACACACACACACACACACACACACACACACACACACACACACACACACACACACACACACACACACACACUUCUGUAUAACUCCCAGCCAUCCUCCUUCCACUUACUCCACAUUUUUAUUCUGGCAUCUUCAACCUUCCUUUCAGUCCUAAAGAAAGGUCUUGGCCUAAAACGUCAACUGUUUAUUAAUUUCCAUAGCUGCUGCCUGACUUGCUGAGUUCCUCCAGCAUUUUGUGUAUGUUGCUUUGGAUUUCCAGCAUCUUCAGACUUUCUCAUGUUUGAAUAAAUUCUGCUAUUCAGCCCAUCAACCAUCUGGAUCAUUAAGGAUUAAGAAUUAGCUGACAUUAUAUAAUGAUUGAUUAAAUAAUCCUCCUGCCAAUGUUGAGUUUUUACAUUUUCUGUUUGUUUCCAAUUCUGUACCCAACUUCACAUAACCAUGUUAGGCUUCCAAAUUAUUCAUGAACGUUCUCGGCCUGUGAAAUUAACUCUUUAUUUCCUUUCCAUAGACGCUGCCUGACCUGCUAAGUUCCUCCAGCAUCUUGUAUGUGUUCCAAUGUGAUAUCUGUUUUCAAUGCUCAACAACAAACACCAAUUGAUUGGAAAAAGGCAUACCCAUAAUUGCAAAUUUUGCUUACAGCAAUCCAAUCACUCUAAGUAACACACACAAAAUGCUGGUGGAACGCAGCAGGCCGGGCAGCAUCUAUAGGAAGAAGCACUGUUGACGUUUCUGGCCGAGACCCUUCGUCAGGACUUAGACGGGUAUCUGUCCCACUCUGUUCAUCCUUCCAUGCAAUCACUCUAUGUCAUGAUUUUAUUUUUAGAAAGCUCUACAUAUUAGGACAAUGACAUGUAUCAUGCAUAAUGUAUCAAUCAUUAAAUAAAUGUGUUUGGAAAUCAUUUCUCAUAAUCAGAAUAAACUAACUUGCAUCUGA